AUGAGUUCUUCAACUAGAGUUGGCUAUCAAAAUGGCCCCAAUAAAGGAGCUCUCUCCUUGUUAACAUGCUAUGGUGAUGGAGAUAGCUCAGAUGAUGAUGUACCGGGACCCCGAGUAUCUACAAAAAGAACUCAUAAGGGCGAUGAAGAUAUUUGUAAUAAAAGGUUAUCUAAGCUACCAGUUCCUGAUGUUUUGAAAAACAAUAAAACAACACCUGAUGAGUAUAUCAGUGACCCCUCCCAACAUGGUGGUAGAAUAAGAACUUUUGCUCAUGAAAGGGGAAAUUGGGCAACAUAUGUGUUUAUACCCUUCAAAGAAUGUGAAGGAAUCAUGGAAUUGUUAUCAGUUAUUAAAGAUGCUAUUCCAAGUAAUAUAGAAGUGAAACAGAUUGAUGAAUUUCAUAUAAGCCUCACAAAAACUGUGAUAUUAAAGCAUCAUUGGAUUGACUCAUUCAUUGACAGUUUGAGAAAGAAAACAUUCCAGAGCAAAAAGUUCAUGAUUUUGUUUAAUGAUCUCAAAAUAUACUGUAAUGAAGAACGGACUCGAACCUUCAUUGGAAUGAGUAUCAAAACUGGACAUGAUUCAUUAGUCAAAUUAGUGGAAAUUAUGAACGAAUGUUUGGGAGAUUUCAAUCUUCCUCAUUUUUAUGAAGAUCCUUCUUUUCAUAUGAGCAUUUGUUGGUGCGUUGGGGAUUAUGAAGAGGAACUAAAUUCGAUAAUAUCACAGGUCAACCAUCGGUUUCAUGAGAUGAUGGAUUUCUAUUCCCAAGAUAACUGGUAUAUUUAUGUUUCUUUUCUUACCUGCAAGACCGGGAAUAAAUACUUCAAGUUUCACUUGACCUGA